AAUAGGGGUUUUGGAGUUGCAUAAAUAUGUUUUUUUAUUUGAUUUUUUUUAAUUUAAUUUUUUUUUUCCAGAAAGAUUUGAUAUUUAAAAGCAUCUCCAAUGGUAAGCAGGCUUGUAGUAGCUUGCUUUGCCAAAUCAACUUUUAGAGCUACAACCUUUUUAAGCUACAAAGUACUCCAAUGAUAAGCUACAAGAAGUAGUAGCUUGAUUUGUAAUUCUUUAUUUACUAAAAUAUAAAGUGGAAAAUUAAAUUUAGAAAAAAAAAAAAAAAUUUUGAAAAGUGAAAUAUACAACAUACACUACGAGUGAAUGAAUGUGUUAUGUGUAAACCUAUUAUCUGUAAACUACUAUUCAAAAAAAAAAAAAAAAAUCUUGUAAACUAUAGUUAAUAAAAAAAAAAAAGUCUACAGUUAUAUGCUAGGAUUAAGAUCAGUUAAUAUCACCUACCUAUAUGUUGAUAAUGAUGAAAAUAAUAUUGUAAUAUUUAUUCUUAAAGCAAAAGAUAAAAAAUGAUAUUUUUAAUUAAAUUUUUAAAUAUUUAAAAUUUUCAAGCAGUGUAGCUUAACUCAACAGUAUUGCUCAAGAGAGCAGGUGGAGAAGGCUUAUCCAAGGGAUCUAUGCAAGAAGCGAGAGGUUUGAUAAUUUCAGAUAUGCACAAAGCGGAUCCACAUUCUAGUGGUAGCACUAAUGUCCUCGAUCUUUCAUCAACAUACCUAUCAUUUUUCAGUGAAACUGAAGAAAGAAAGAAACAACUAUGGUCAGGGAGGAAUGAAGCAGGGGAAGACGAUUUUCUUAUAGUGAUUGCCAGAAGAUGUGAAAUGAGAAAAUUGAUGCUUAGAGGGUCGGUUCUGGUUCUCUUGUCUAUCUUUCUGCUGUCCUUGAGUUUCUCGCUGCUGAGGUGUGGCUGCAAAUCCAAUUGCUGCAAAGAAUGUUGACUCACCAGUUUGGUGCCUCCGAAGAUCUUGGCAGAAAGAAGAUUUUUCCAGCCCUUUUUGCUCUCAAUUUAGAAAGCUUUCUUCCUGAGAGCUUCACAAUCUUCGGUUAUUCACAAACUAAAAUGAAUGAUGAAGAGCUGUGGAACAUGAUCAGUAAAACCUUAACCUGUAGAGUAGACCAGAGGGAAAGUUUUGGUGAAAAAAUGGAUCAUUUUUUUUUGCAAAGAUGCUUUUACAUUCAGGCCAAUAGGACGACUUCUCAAAAUUGGACUGUAAGCUUAAGGAAAAAUAGAGUGUGUGCAACUGCAGAGAUAAUGGGGAAGAGCCCUUACGGAACCGUGUAUAAGGCCACACUCGAGGAUGGAAAUCAAGUCGCGGUUAAGAGGCUUAGGGAGAAGCUUGCAAAGACUUUAAAAGAGUUUGAGAUAGAGGUUGCUGCACUUUGAAGGAAUUCGCCACCCGAAUCAUCUUCCCCUUAGGGCCUAUUACUUGGGACCUAAAGGAGAGAAGAUUUUGUCUAAGCUGCUGUUUUUGACUAAUCUAUGAUUCAUGUCUUCUUUUUUUGAAGUACUACGUAUGUUAUAUGCUAGGUUAUGUUUUAUAUGAUUAAGUUGAUAGUAUAUAUAGUAAAUUUAUAGUCUUAAUACUUCAUUGUGGACUUUACUUUUCAUGGUGAAACUUAAUUUUGGUGAUCACUCUCCUGAGAUUAUGACCUUAUACAUAUAAUUUGGGAUAUUUUAUAUGACUAAGGUAAUGGUAUAUCUUGAUUUUUAAUAGUCUAAUACUUCAUUGUGAACUUUACUUUUCACAUUAAACUUAAUUUUGGUGAUAUACUUUCUUAAUUCCUAAAUUAUGACCAUAUUCAUAUUAUUUGGGAUAUUUUUUGCAGCUUGAGGACCAGAAAUCGAUCGAUUGGCCAACGAGGAUGAUCGUGAUAGGAGUAACGCAUGGACUGAACUAUAUUCAUAGCCAAGAGAGCUUAGUUCAUGGAAGUCUUACUUCAACUAAUGUAUACCUAGAUGAGCAAAAUAACCCCAUAAUAUCAUAUUAUAGGAUACACAAGCUGAUGACCGACUCUGUGCACCUGAGCUUCCUAAGACUAAGAAGGCAACCACAAAAACUGACAUCUACAAUCUAGGGGUGAUCAUAUUGGAGCUCUUGACAGGAAAGUCUCCUAAUGAGUCAGACUUUAUAGAUUUGCCGCAAUGGGUUGCAUCAACCGUCAAGGAAGAGUGGACUAAUGAGGUUUUUGAUUUGGAGCUGAUGAGGGAUUUUUAACUACAGGGGAUGAAAUGCUUAACGCAUUGAAAUUAGCCUUACAAUUGGUUGAUCCUUCGUCUGAUGCAAGGCUGGAUUUUCAGUAGGUUCUUUAGCCGUUAGAGGAGAUUAAUCUGAAGCUCAUUGUUGAAACUCCCGAUGAAUCUGCAGAGGAAAGCCAUCACUGAUCUGAAUUCUGAAAGUUGGAUUUUUUGAACUAUAUAAAUACUUGUGAUUUAUUCCACUAUAUAAAUAUUUUAUCAGUUUUUUAUCUUGAAUGUCAAAAUUUGCUGUUUGUUUGGUUGGUUGAGCA